GAGCGGAGGAGCGACUGUAGUAAGACGUUGGUGCAACAAGUGCGGAACAAAGUGCGGGUGUUGAACCCUCUCACCGGGAAAAGAGUGGGUGUUGAAUCCCCCACGACCCCCACGGGUGCGACGCCCCUGAUGACGGCACAUUUCGCCCAAAAGGUUUUCAGGUGAAGCUGUGAACCACCUUGAUCCAACUUGUGUCCACCAAGAGGACGCUGACUUCAUCAGAGAUGGAGAAAGUCAAGAAGGAAAUCCUGUGCAUUUUAAAGGAGCUCAAGGAGGAGGACUACAAAGAGUUCAAGUGGUACCUGGAGAACCAUCCAAGCCCAGAAGACCCCCGAUCAAUCCCACCCUGUGACCUGGAGAACGCAGACAGGAUGGACACGGUGGACCUGAUCGUACGAUGCUACGACACAGACUCGGUUCAAGUGACCGUGAAGGUUUUGGAAGAGAUGAAAAUGAACGAUUUGGCCGAAAAAUUAUCCAAAAUGAACUUUAACCCAACGGGCGAAACGAAUCCUGCAGGAGGAGAUAGAGGUCAAGAGAUUUUCACAAACUGUCAACGUGAACUCAAAUCCAACCUGAAGAAGAGGUUCCAGUCUGUGUUUGAGGGCAUCGCUAAAGCAGGAAACUCAACCCUUCUGAAUGAGAUCUACACAGAGCUCUACAUCACAAAGGGAGGGACUGCAGAGGUCAAUAAAGAACAUGAGGUCAGACAGAUUGAAACAGCAACCUGGAAACCAGACGGACCAGAAACAACCAUCAGACAAGAAGACCUCUUCAAAGCCUCAGCUGGAGGAGAGGAACCAAUCAGAACAGUGAUGACUAAGGGAGUGGCUGGCAUUGGGAAAACAGUCUUAACACAGAAGUUCACUCUGGACUGGGCUGAAGACAAAGACCACCAGGACAUACAGUUCACAUUUCCAUUCACCUUCAGAGAGCUGAAUGUGCUGAAGAAGACGUUCAGCUUGGUGGGACUUGUUCAUCACUUCUUCAGUGAAACCAGAGCAGCAGGAAUCUGCAGGUUUGAAGAGUUCCAGGUUGUGUUCAUCUUUGACGGUCUGGAUGAGUGUCGACUUCCUCUGGACUUCCACAACAAUAAGAUCCUGACUGAUGUCACAGAGACCUCCUCAGUGGAUGUGCUCCUCACAAACCUCAUCACGGGGAACCUGCUUCCUUCUGCUCGCCUCUGGAUAACCACACGACCUGCAGCAGCCAAUAAGAUCCCUCCUAAGUAUGUUGGCAUGGUGACAGAGGUCAGAGGGUUCACUGACCCCCAGAAGGAGGAUUACUUCAGGAAGAGGUUCAAAGAUGAGGAGCAGGCCAGCAGGAUCAUCUCUCACAUCAAGACCUCACGAAGCCUCCACAUCAUGUGCCACAUCCCAGUCUUCUGCUGGAUCACUGCUGGAGUUCUGGAGGAGGUGUUGAAGACCAGAGAGGGAGGAGAGCUGCCCAAGACCCUGACUGAGAUGUACAUCCACUUCCUGGUGGUUCAGUCCAAAGUGAAGAAAGUCAAGUACGAUGGAGGAGCUGAGACGGAUCCACACUGGAGUCCAGAGAGCAGGAAGAUGAUCGAGUCUCUGGGAAAACUGUCUUUUGAUCAGCUGCAGAAAGGCAACCUGAUCUUCUAUGAAUCUGACCUGACAGAGUGUGGCAUCGAUAUCAGAGCAGCCUCAGUGUGCUCAGGAGUGUUCACUCAGAUCUUUAGAGAGGAGAGAGGACUGUACCAGGACACAGUGUUCUGCUUCGUCCAUCUGAGUGUUCAGGAGUUUCUGGCUGCUCUUCAUGUCCAUCUGACCUUCAUCAGCUCUGGUGUCAAUCUGCUGCCAGAAGAACAAACAACAUUCCUGUUGACACUUUUUCGAGGUGUCUUAAGACCCAAACUUAAACCCAAAAGUAUCUACCAGAGUGCUGUGGUCAAGGCCUUACAGAGUCCUAAUGGACACCUGGACUUGUUCCUCCGCUUCCUCCUGGGUCUUUCCCUUGAGACCAAUCAGAAUCUCCUACGAGGUCUGCUGACGCAGACAGGAAGUUGCUCACAGACCAAUCAGGAGACAGCCCAGUACAUCAAGAUGAAGAUCAAUGAGGAUGUGUCUCCAGAGAAAAGCAUCAAUCUGUUCCACUGUCUGAAUGAACUGAAUGAUGGUUCUCUAGUGGAGGAGAUCCAACAGUCCCUUAGAUCAGGACGUCUCUCCACAGAUGAACUGUCUCCUGCUCAGUGGUCAGCUCUGGUCUUCAUCUUACUGUCAUCACAACAAGAUCUGGAGGUGUUUGACCUGAAGAAAUACUCUGCUUCAGAAAAGGCUCUUCUGAGGCUGCUGCCAGUGGUCAAAGCCUCCAACAAAGCUCUACUGAGUGGCUGUAACCUCUCAGAGAGAAGCUGUGAAGCUCUGUCCUCAGUUCUCAGCUCCCAGUCCUCUAGUCUGAGAGAACUGGAUCUGAGUAACAACAACCUGCAGGAUUCAGGAGUGAAGCUUCUGUGUGAUGGACUGAAGAAUCCACACUGUGACCUGGAGACUCUCAGCCUGUCAGGCUGUAUGAUCACAGAGGAAGGAUGUGCUUCUCUGGCCUCAGCCAUGAGCUCCAACCCCUCCCACCUGAGAGAGCUGGACCUGAGCUACAAUCAUCCAGGAGACUCAGGAGAGAAGCUGCUGGCAGUUGGACUAGAGGAUCCACACUGGAGACUGGAGACUCUCAGGGUGGAGCCUGCUGGAGUCCGAUGGAUGACACCAGGUCUGAGGAAGUAUUCCUGUGAACUCACAAUCGACACAAACACAGUAAACAGACAACUCAAACUGUCUCACAACAACAGGAAGGUGACAUGGGUGGAGGAGGUUCAGUCACAUCCUCGUCAUCCAGACAGAUUUGACCACUAUCAUCAGCUGCUGUGUAGAACUGGUCUGACUGGUCGCUGUUACUGGGAGGUCGAUUGGGGAGGAUACGUUCAUGUAUCAGUGAGUUACAGAGCAAUCAAGAGGAAAGGAGACAGUAGAGACUGUUGGUUUGGAAACAAUGAUCAGUCCUGGAGUCUGAGAUGCUCCGAUGGAGUUUACUUUGUCCUUCACAAUAAGACAGUAACACACAUCACCUCCUCCUCCUCCUCCUCCUCCUCCUCCUCCUCCUCCUCCUCUGGUAGAGUAGCAGUGUAUGUGGACUGUCCUGCUGGCUCUCUGUCCUUCUACAGAGUCUCCUCUGACUCACUGAUCCACCUCCACACCUUCAGCACCACAUUCACUGAACCUCUUUAUCCUGGGUUUGGGCUGUGGUUCAGUUCAGGUUCUGGUUCCUCAGUGUCUCUGUGUCCUCUUUAGGACGGAGAGUCUCCUCCUGGUGGAGAACCUUCCUCUCUGCUCACCACAUAGUUCAGUGUGUACAGCUGAUGGAGGUUCAUGUGGAUGUAGGUGCAGGUGGAGCAGGUGAGGGGUACCUGAGCUGGUCUGGACUCUGGGGGUCCACAGCUCUCUGGGACUCAGAUGGAAGUGUGAAAGAGCUCAGCUUAAUGCUGCUGUGCUCCUUGAAUCAAUAGAUGAUCAUUUAGAUGUUGGCUCCUAUUUAGGGUUUAAUCUUAAUCUUUAUAUGUUCAAGAGGACAUUUUAUAUAAAGGACAUCUGCACCCCCCCAUAUAAGAUU